GGGAAAGGCUGGCUUUAGCAACCGCGGGUGUUGUGGGUUGGAACUUUUGGGGGGGGACGUAGCAGUCGCUUGACGUGGAGUUAUUGUUUUCGUUCUUUUCCGGAGUUUAGGAUCGGUUGAAGAAGGGCGCUUGGACGCCGCGUCGUGGCUGGUCACGCAGGCUGGGUGGAUGGAUGGAUGGAUGUCAUCCGUAGAGGGGUCUGAAUGCAUUUUAUCUGACACUGAUCCGUGGUUGGUUACCUAUCUGGGUGAAGGGUGUGGUGACACAAGAUGCACGGCACAUCGGGACCGCGGCUGUGGUGUGGACAGAACCCUGUUUUUGCGCUGCUUCUCCCUCCUCGUUUCCGUUGGGGUUGGGUUGCUUUGCACCUUGCAGCUGCCUGCAGCUUGCAGAUGCUGCAGCUUCCAUCCUCUUCCAUGUGCUGGUGGUGCACGAAUUGUGUUUCGAUGGCACGGGAGGCGCUUGGCGGCGGGUUUCUGUGCUCCCGUUUGAGCUGUGCUCAUGCUCCCCGAGCUUGUGAACCUUGUGGGUGCCCUUGUUCUGAAGCUUGUGCUUUUCAGAUGGAGAUCAUCGAUUUCGGCUCCGCCUGGGCCUGGCGGUUCGCUUGGCGACCCCCCCGAGACGAGAAUCCGUCGGUUUGUUGGGCAUUUCGCUGCUGCAUGCUGCCGAGACGCGAUCAGCAAGGGCGGGACGAACGGUUUUGCUGAGGUGGCAUGCAGAAAGCGGUCAUGUGAGCUUUGGAAUAC